AUGUCAGAUCCCAAGCGAGUCAGGCGACGCCCAACGCGGCAGCAGAGCAAGAAGUCUCAAGAUCGGGCAGAUGGGGAGGGGAAAGUCGUAGAGACAGUCAAUGCUUUGUCAUGCCAGGACUUCUUCCAAAAGUACGAACCCCACGAGGCGCGUGUCAAGUUGUUAUCCAGUGAUCCACAGCUAGAUAGUGUGACCGUAGAUGAUGCGGCGAGUCUGUCAGAGCCUUGGCGGGAGACAUGUCUGAGAUUGAUUGAGCACACUAGCGCCCAUGACUACGACAGCUCGGACUUCGGGUGGUCGGUCAGCAGGAAGAGGAAGGAGAUGAAACUACCAGAGUUGAAAUACAUCACGCUUCUCGGCCAAGGCACAAUUGCUGGCUUCAUGUCCUUUAUGGUCACUUACGAAGACGGCUUGGAAGUCCUCUACAUAUACGAGAUCCACUUCUUUCCACACUGGCAGGGCAAAGGGUUGGGCAAGCAGCUGAUGGAUGUAGUCGGAAAAAUUGCCCUCAAUAUCGGUCUCGCGAAAGUCAUGUUGACUGUCUUCCGGGCGAACAAGAGGGCUGUUGACUGGUAUACCAAGUUAGGCUACCAAGAAGACGACUUCUCUCCUGGUCCUCGCAAACUCAGAAAUGGCACAGUGAAGGAGUCCAGCUACAUUAUCAUGUCCAAGCAGUUGAAGAGCUGA